GAAACCACCCCUUUGUGACUCCUGGUGUGAGUAUUUUCCUGUGUGAUCUGUGCCAGCUUGGGCACCCGACACAUUGCGAAACCGAACCUGCCGGUCGGCCCUGACUGGUUGGUGUUAUAUACCUGACUUGUGCUGACCUGCUUGAUAUUUGUUUCUUGUACUGGUAGCGGGCAAGCCCAGCUACGCCCGUCUCUUUAGGCCGCGCACCCGCCCGUCGCAGCCUUUCCAUCUCCCAGCGUGUGCCCAGUAGAUAGCGCGGCGGCGGUUGAGAAAACGCUCUCCCGCGCCGCCGCGUCGGGCCCGCGCCAGGAGGAGCCAUGCUCUUCGUUCACCAGGCGCCACGCAUGUGGCAGGAUCCGAAGAGCGGCGCGGCGACGACGCUCCGCGCGGAGCGGCCCAGCGGCAGCGCGCACCGGAAGCAGCGGAGCGGCAGCGCGGGGCACGCGCGGCGGCCCAGCAGUGCGGUCGGCGGCGAGGCGCCCCAUAGGAGACACACCUCCGAACGGCCCUCGUCGCGGCCCGGGAGCGCGUCCUCGAGCUCCGCGCGCUUCGGCGCGGGGCUGCGCGCCAGUUCCCCUCCAGGCAGUGCACGGUCACAGACACCCGUUCUCGUGGCCACGAACAGUGAUGGUGGGCAGAUGCACUUCCGCGUCACCUCGCGCCCGCCACCCGCGUCCGCGACCUCCGCGGGCUCGCGCCCGCGCACGCCCAAUGGGCGCCGCAUGCCCAGCGGCGGAGGCGCCAGCUCCGCCGCGCGCCUCGACUCGGAGGGCGGUUCUGCGGCGGGCGCCGCGGACGCGCGGGCGGGCAGCGCCGCCAGCGCCAACGGAACGGCCAAGGGUAGCUUGACGACGGUGAUCUCCUCGGCUCUGGACUACAAGCGUUUCCUGGAUCGACGAAAGCAGAUGAUUCAACAACAAGUUGAAUCAGCG